CUCGCUCCACCUCACAGAAGGAUGUACCAAUGAGCUGAGUAGAGGGGCUGGCUCGGCUCGGGGCGGAGGCUGAGAUACCGGUGCUGCCUAAGGGAGGUGGUGGCCGAUCAGGACGUGGGGUGGCCCGCAAUGAAGCCGUGUCUCAUCUCUCAGUUGGCUCCAACUAGGAAGUAGAAGAAAGCCUAGUUCAAUGCAAACAAGUGAGUUUGACUCAUCAGAUGAAGAGCCUAUUGAAGAUGAACAGACUCCAAUUCAGAUAUCAUGGCUACCCCUGUCACGAGUGAAUUGUUCUCAGUUUCUUGGUUUAUGUGCUCUUCCAGGUUGUAAAUUUAAAGAUGUUAGAAGAAAUAUCCAAAAAGAUACAGAAGAACUAAAGAGCUAUGGUAUACAAGACAUAUUUGUUUUCUGCACCAGAGGGGAACUGUCAAAAUAUAGAGUUCCAAACCUUUUGGAUCUCUACCAUCAGUAUGGAAUUAUCACUCAUCACCAUCCAAUUCCAGAUGGAGGGACUCCUGACAUCACCAGCUGCUGUGAAAUCAUGGAGGAGCUUGAAAUUUGCCUUAAAAAUAACCGAAAAACCUUAAUACACUGUUAUGGAGGACUUGGGAGAUCUUGUCUUGUAGCGGCUUGUCUCCUCCUAUACCUGUCUGACACAGUGUCACCGCAGCAAGCCAUCGACAGCCUGAGGGACCUGCGAGGAUCUGGGGCAAUACAGACCAUAAAGCAAUAUAAUUACCUUCAUGAGUUCCGGGACAAACUAGCUGCACACCUUUCAUCAAGAGAUUCACUAUCAAGAUCUGUAUCUAGAUAAAAGAAUUUCAAAUAGCAUAUAUAUAUGACCAUGUCUGAAAUCUGAGUUCUCUAAUAGUAUUUGUAUUGAAACUACUAGUGUUAUCAAACUGAAUGUAAUGAAUGUAAGUGUACAUGUGCAGAUAUUCCUAAAGCUUUUACUGACAAAUUUCAUUGUGUCUCUUUCAUAUCUUAUAGGAGAUAGAAAAACUGCUAAUACUAUUUUCCUUUUAAAAAUACACCAGCUGUUCUGCUGUAUUUUACCUAGAGGUAAUGCUGAAAAAGAGCAUAUGGGAAAAUAUGUUUUUAUUUUUUUACCACAUUCUUACCUCAUAGUAUUAUUGGUAACUGCUGGGUGGCAUAUGAUAUAGUAACACGUAUGAAAAUUGCUACAAGCACCCAGGCUAAAAUUAUUUAAAUAACUCUUACCCUCUAUUCCUCUGAAAAUUUCUCCCAUUGUUUUCUCUACUUCAUAGAUAUAAUGAAUUGUGAAUUUGUCACCUCCCUCCCAAUGCCAGAUCAUCACCAACAUGUGUUUAUUCAGCAUUUGCUGGAAUUUUCCAAGAUGAGGAAUUCAUUGGUUCAGACAGCUAUUUUUUACAGCAUUGUUUUUUUAACCCUAGGAACUACAGUGGAAUGAAUUUAAUACCUCUUUCACAUUUAUUUUAUAAAGCACUUACCUAAAGUUUAAGUCUCCAGUUUUCUCACUCCUCCACUUCACUCUCUGUUACCUGUGUCUCUGUCUUUAAAUUUCACGCUGAGCUACCAAAAGCAAGCAUUUGCAGACAAGGAUCACACUGUGAGUCAAAGUUACCUGUUUUAAGAGACGUCAGCAGGUUCAGUACUGCAGAAUCCCACGGCUCUCUUGGCUACUGGUAGUCCCGAAGGUGACCAGCAGAGGAGGAACUUCCACACAAGCAAAGCAGAUUUCACCACAUCAACCCUUAAUUUGUAAAUAGUCGUAUAAUUACCAAAAGUCUUAUUGUCUCUCACCCUUCUUGCCCUGAUGAGCUACUUUAAUUUCAUUAAAGAAUACUUUAAAACAUUUA